GCCUUAUUUCCCUGCUCUCUGUUCCUCUCCGUUGCAAGCAGGCUGAAAGAUUGGUCUGAUGUGUUUUCAUCUCUGCUGACAGGGGCCUUAGGGAAUUGCCAGCGAUCUACGACGUGGCGACAUGAUUCUACAGAAUGCAGUGACUUAUAAGGAUGUACAUGUGAACUUCACUCAGGAGGAGUGGGCUCUGCUGGAUCCUUCCCAGAAGAAGCUCUACAAAGAUGUCAUGCUGGAGACUUACAGGAACCUCAUGGCUAUAGGAUUUAAUUGGGACGACAAAAAUAUUGAAGAACAUUGUCAAAGUUUUGGAAGACACACAAGGCAUGAAAGAAGUCAGAGUACAGAGAAACCCUCUGAAUAUACUCAAUGUGGUAAAGCCUUUGCUUUACAUGCUCACAGUCAUGCUCAAAGGCAUGAAAGGAUUCAUAGAGAAAAGAAACCCCAUGGAGUUAUUCAAUUUGUUGAAGACUUUGCUCAACAUAGUCUCCAAAUUCAUAAAAGAGCACAAACUGGAAAGAAACUCUAUGAAUGGAAGCAAUGUGGUAAAGCCUUUGAAGAUCACAGUCAUCUUAAAAUGCCUGAAAGAAUUCAUACCGGAGAGCAACCUUAUGAAUGUCAUCAGUGUGAAAAAGCCUUUUCAACUCACAGUAAUCUCCUACAACCUAAAGGGACACAUACUGGAGAGAAAUGCUAUGAAUGUAAUCUGUGUGGUAAAGCCUUUUCACAACCUAGUCGGCUUAAAAGACAUGGAAGAAUUCAUACUGGAGAGAAACCCUACAGAUGUGAUCAAUGUGAGAAAGCCUUUUCAGAACACUGUAAUCUCCAGAAGCAUAAAAGAAUACAUACAGGAGAGAAACCCUACAAAUGUCAUCAAUGUGACAAAGCCUUUUCCCAACAUCAUAGUCUCCAAAAGCAUAAAAGAAUACAUACAGGAGAGAAACCCUACAAAUGUAAUGAAUGUGAUAAAGUAUUUAGACAAAGCAGUGAUCUCCAGAAGCAUAAAAGAAUACAUACAGGAGAAAAACCCUACAAAUGUAAUCAUUGUGACAAAGCCUUUUCCCAACAUCAUAGUCUCCAAAUACAUAAGAGAACACAUACAGGCGAGAAACCCUACAAAUGUAAUCAAUGUGACAAAGUCUUUUCCAGGCAUAGUACGCUCCAAAUACAUAUAAGAAUACAUGCUGGAGAGAAACCCUUCAAAUGUAAUGAAUGUGAGAAAGCCUUUUCACAAUAUAGUAACCUCCAGUCGCAUAAAAGAAUUCAUACUGGAAAAAAACCCUACAAAUGUAAUGACUGUGAGAAAGCCUUUUCACAACAUAGUAACCUCCAGUCGCAUAGAAGAAUUCAUUCUGGAAAGAAGCCCUACAAAUGUAAUACAUGUGAAAAAGCCUUUUCAAAACAUAGUAUACUCCAUUCACAUAGAAGAAUUCAUACUGGAGAGAAAUCCUACAAAUGUAAUCACUGUGAGAAAGUCUUUUUAGGACCUUAUGAUCUUCAAAGACAUAAAGGAAUAUAUACUGGAUAGAAACCCGAUGAAUGUGUUCUAUGUGUGAAAGCCCAUGUAUGUCACAGGAAUCUUCAAAAGCAUAAAAGAAUUCAUACUGUAAAAGCUUAUGAAUGUAUAUAAUAUGGUAAAAUCUACAAAUAUCCAUAGUCUUCAUCAUCAUGAACAUAUUUGUAUUGGCAAGAAACCCUCUGAAUAUUAGCUGUGUGCUAAAACCUAUCCCAACACACUUAUCUCCUAAUGCAUCAAGGAGCACAUACUGGGGAGACAGAGGUGUGGGGGGGGGGACUUAUGAAUGUACACAAUGUGGUAAACCUUUGCAUAUGACAGUCAUCUUUUUUUUUUUUAAAGAUUUAUUUAUUUAUUAUAUGUAAGUACACUGUAGCUGUCUUCAGACA